AUGAAGUUUUUUCACAGUAAGGUGCUUCCUAUAUUGCUGUUAAUGGUGGUCAUGGCAGGUCUGGUGGAGCAAGGCAAUGGCGUUCCUUGUAGUAGCACUUUCUUCUCUGCACUUGUUCAGCUGAUACCUUGUAGAGCAGCAGUUGCUCCGUUUAGCCCCAUCCCACCAAGCGAAGCCUGCUGCAAUGCCAUCAAAACUCUAGGACAGCCUUGUCUUUGUGUCCUUGUCAACGGCCCUCCAAUCUCUGGCGUUGAUCGGAGCAUGGCCAUGGAGCUUCCUGAGAAGUGUACCACCAACUUUGAACCAUGUGAUCUGGGAAAGUAG